CGGGCCGGUUAGAUUCAAAGGUGCCUAUAAAGCGGCCGACACGCCCGCGCUCGCUCGAACCCGGUGCGGUCGGUCCCGUGCGAGCGCAGCUAUGGCUCUGCGCCCCGACGGUCUGGACGAGCUGCCCGCCGCCUGCCUGUCGCCGUGCGGGCCGCCCAACCCGGCCGAGCUGUACAGCGAGGCGCGGCGCCUGGCGCUGGAGGAGCUGGUGGCGGGCGGCCCCGACGCCUUCGAGGCCUUCCUGCGGCGCGAGCGCCUGGGCCGCUUCCUGAACCCCGACGAGGUGCGCGCUAUCCUGCGGGCGGCCGAGCGGCCCGGCCAGGAGGGCGCGGCGGCGGGGGCCGAGGACUCCUUCGGCUCGUCGCACGACUGCUCGUCCGGCACCUACUUCCCGGAGCAGUCGGACCUGGAGCCGCCGCUGCUGGAGCUCGGCUGGCCCGCCUUCUACCGGGGCGCCUAUCGCGGCGCCACGCGCGUCGAGGCGCACUUUCAGCCCCGCGGCGCGGGCGCCGGCGGCCCCUACGGCUGUAAGGACGCGCUGCGCCAGCAGCUCCGCUCCGCGCGGGAGGUGAUCGCCGUGGUGAUGGAUGUUUUCACAGACAUCGACAUCUUCAGGGACCUGCAGGAAAUAAGUCGGAAACAGGGAGUCGCCGUCUACAUCCUUCUGGACCAGGCCCUGCUCUCGCAGUUUCUGGACAUGUGCAUGGAUCUGAAAGUGCACCCCGAGCAGGAGAAGCUGAUGACUGUUCGGACCAUUACCGGAAAUACUUACUAUGCAAGGUCAGGAACUAAGAUAGUUGGGCAGGUUCACGAGAAGUUCACACUGAUUGAUGGCAUUCGAGUGGCUACAGGCUCCUAUAGUUUUACAUGGACGGAUGGCAAAUUAAAUAGCAGUAACUUGGUCAUCCUGUCUGGCCAAGUGGUUGAACACUUUGAUCUGGAGUUCCGGAUCCUGUAUGCACAGUCGAAGCCCAUCAGCUCCAAAGUGCUGUCCAACUUCCGGAUCAGCGGCAAGUUUGACCAUCUGAUCGACCCAAAGCCCCUGUCUAAGGAGCUCACGUUGGGCAGCCUGCUGCGCCUGCGGCUGGCCCGGCUCUCAAGCACCCCCAAGAAGGCUGAGCUGGGGUGCGAGGUGCCCGCCGAGGGUGGGGCAGAGGCCAAGCGCUGUGACUCCGAGUCCUCCACCGUCAGUGAUGAGAAUGACUUCAACAGCCGCAGGGACAAACCAGACAGCAGGACGAUGACCGAUGCCACGACUCAGACAGAGCUGGGAGAGGAGAUGCCAGCAGUGAGUGUGAGUGAUGCGGGGACUCAGGCCAGUGCUCCUACGGCCUGUGCUGGGACCCAGACCGCAGUCACCACCAGAGCGGCCAGCUCCCAAACCGUGGUUCGAUCCACGUCGGCCACCACCCAGACUGAUGUGGACGAGAACGUUCUCUUUUCUCAGGGCGCCCAGUCUAAAGAAGGUUCACCAGUGUCCAGGAUGUCUGUGUCGAGAUCUCCCAGUUUAAGGUCUUCCUCCUCUCUGUCCUCCCAGGGCUCUGUGGCAAGCUCCCUGGGCUCCCAGGCAUCCAGUAGAGCCACUGACUUUGUCCCUGCUGGACAUGCCAAGUUCUGGGGCACCCCCCACUUGGAUCUGGGUUUGAGAGACUCCUUUAGGAACUUGAACCAAGAGCGCCAGUUUCACUUUGCCGGCAUCAGGUCCCGGCUCAACCACAUGCUGGCCAUGCUGUCCAGGAGAACGUUCCUGACUGAGAACUACCUCGGUUUUCAUCCUGGGAAUGUCACCAGAGCCUCGGUGAAUAUGCUGGCUGUGAGAGAUAUCACACUGUAUCCCUCCUACCAGUGACCGCUCGGCAUUCAGUGCCGUGCUCCGAGUGCCCUGCUUUGCAGCUUGUUCACCUGACCUCUGGUCACCUUAAUUUUCUCUGACUUCUAGAAACUUCACAUUGUUCUCCGUGCCUUUAUCUUAUUUUUGUCAUGUAUAAACCAGGUGUUGCUUUUAUGGUUGAAACACUACAGGUACAGUUUCUUUGCACGACUUGAGUAUUGGUAUCUCUUAAAGAGAGUAUUUGGGGGGGCGUCUCAGGCUAAUUCAGGUAAGAGAGAAAAAUACAUUUUGUGUUUUUCGAGAUAUGUGUCAUCUUCAGUUUUAGAGAUUUGAACAACUAGUUUUUAUGAUCAAAAUCCUGUUGAGAAGAAAUUUUCUUAACGUCUGUCUCUUCUUUCGGAUAUCUGUGUUCUUAGCAUUAAAUAAAUAUAAACAACUUUUG